AUGGUGACCCUAGGAUCUCUCUGGCAGGCUCCGCCCAUCAACCCGGUCAACUACAAAGCACGCACAAUCCCAGUCCUGAACCCAAUCAACAAAUAUGGACGCGUCUUUUUCUUCUCCUGGUGGGGUUUCUUCAUCUCCUUCUGGGCCUGGUAUGCUUUCCCACCUCUUCUCACAGUCACGAUCCGACAGGACCUCGAUCUUACGCGGGAUCAAAUCGCCAACUCCAACAUCGCCGCUCUCACAGGCACCUUGCUCGUACGCUUCUUCGCCGGACCUGCAUGUGAUCGUUUUGGACCACGAUGGACAUAUAUCGGCAUUCUCAUCGCUGGUUCCAUUCCAACAGCAAUGGCCGGACUGGUCAAGAACUGGCAAGGUCUCAUAGCUCUGAGAUUCUUUGUGGGAAUUCUAGGAGGCACUUUUGUACCAUGUCAAGUCUGGAGCAUGGGAUUCUUUGACAAGAAUGUAGUGGGAUCUUCUAAUGCUCUGAUAGGAGGCUGGGGGAAUGCAGGUGGAGGAAUCACGUACUUUCUGAUGCCACUCAUCUACGACAGCCUCAAGUCCGAUCAAGGUCUCUCAUCGUCCGUCGCAUGGAGGGUCGCCUUCAUCGUCCCAUUCAUCCUCAUCGUCUCCACCGCUUUAGGAAUGCUCUUAUUCUGCGACGACACUCCCACAGGAAAAUGGAGCGAGCGUCACGCGAAUGUGGAACGGAUCCUCAAUACGUAUGGCAUCAACCAAAGCACCAUAGUCAGCAUCCCCGGCGACGUCGACCACAAAGUCACUUCCACCGGCACUUCCACCCCAGCAAUGACAAGCGACUCCGAAAAAGGCAAAGCACCCCUAUCAUCAACCUCCGACAACAACAGCAGCAGCAAGAUCGAACUCUCCCAAGGCGAAAUGAUCGAAAUCGCACGCGCCCAAAUCGUCCAACCACCAACUCUAACCCACCUCCUCCGCGUCCUCACCUCCCCACAAACUCUCUUCCACUGCGCCACAUACUUCUGUUCCUUCGGCGGCGAACUCGCCAUCAAUUCCUACCUAGGAGCCUACUAUUUCCGCAACUUCCCCUCCCUGGAACAAACAGGCUCAGGUCGAUGGGCGUCCAUGUUCGGUUUACUGAACAUCAUAACUCGUCCUUUGGGAGGAAUUCUCAGCGACGUCAUAUAUAAACACACCUCCUCGGUUUGGGCGAAGAAAGCCUGGAUUGUGUUUGUGGGGAUUGUUUCGGGAGCUUUUCUUAUCGCGAUUGGAUUGACGGAUCCGAGAAAUCAGGGGCUGAUGUUUGGACUUGUGGCUGGAAUGGCUGUGUUUCUUGAGGCUGGGAACGGGGCGAAUUUCGCCUUGGUGCCGCAUGUUCAUCCCAGUGCGAAUGGAGUUUUGAGUGGGAUUAUUGGGGCCGCGGGGAAUUUUGGAGGGGUGUGUUUUGCGGUGCUGUUUAGAUUUCAUGGGACGAGGUAUGAGGAGAGUUUGUGGAUUGCUGGUGUUAUGAUUGUGGGGUUGAAUGUGGUGCUUUGUUGGGUAAAGCCGGUGCCGAAGGGGAAGGAUGGGUUGAGGUGA